AUGGAGCCCGUGCCAGUUCCUAUCGCCACGGCACCCGAAGGGCCACUGGCCGAGGGAGAGUGGUUUCUUAGAGUAGAGGAACCGGUUCGGCGCUGCACCACACCCAGGACCUCAGUACCAGCUUCGUCAGGUCAGUCACCUGUGCCCACAUCAACGGGCCGCGAGUCAGAGCCAGCUCGUUCCGUCACAGACCCACCGAGUGAUGAGGAUGCCCCUCCAAGGAGGACCACUCGGGCCAUGGCCGGAAGACACCCAAAUCGCUACCACCUUCCCCAACCAGUAGGGAGUAAUGCAAUAGGGGCUACAAACUCGCAAUUGCCUGCACCCAGUACAAGAGUGUUCCGGCCAUGGCAGUAA